AUGCUUUGGAGAGUUUUAAAAAUGUUUGUUGAGGGUGUGGCAGCGAUGGCCUCGGUUUCGCUGACUGCUCUUUAUUUCAUGCAAAAUCGAUUGAUAUACCCUUCUUGGGCGCAGGGAGCACGAGAUCAGGUCGAUACACCUGCUAGUUACGGAUUGCCUUAUCGGUUAGUGCAAUUGACUACGAGCGAUGGGAUUAAAAUUGAGGCUUAUGAUAUGCAAAAUACAAGUGGUGGUUCAGAAUCUACAGUACUGAUAUUGUGUCCUAAUGCUGGAAAUAUAGGAUAUUUUAUUCCAAUUGCAGAUAUUUUCUACCGGCAGCUAAAUAUGAGUGUGUUUCUUUAUUCUUAUAGAGGUUAUGGCCAUUCAGAGGGAUCGCCAUCAGAGAAUGGUUUGAAAUUGGAUGCAGAUUGUGUUAUGGCUCAUCUGUCGCAAGAUUCCUUCCAUAAGAAGAAUAAAUUGGUGCUUUAUGGGAGGUCGCUGGGUGGAGCCAACGCGAUUUACAUUGCUUCGAAGUUUGCUAAUCUGUGUGAUGCAGUGAUUCUUGAAAAUACAUUUCUCAGUAUACCUAAGGUCGUCCCCUAUGUUUUCCCAGCUCUUAAAUAUUUUAGGGGGAUGGUUCACGAAAUUUGGAACUCAGAAGAACUGAUCAAGGGCUGUGAUGAUACUUUACCCUUCCUGUUCUUGCGAGGGUUAAAGGACGAGAUAGUACCACCUUCGCACAUGAGGAAAUUGUACGAUGAGUGUCCUAGUAGAAACAAACAGGUCUUUGAGUUCCCGUUAGGUACUCAUAACGAUACGAUAAUUCAGGAAGGCUAUUGGUCCAUGGUACGUGAUUUUCUCGAAGAGUUUGGGCUUAUUUGA